GAAAACAGUAAAACUUGUGGCGCCAUUUAUGGAUCCAUCAUUAGAUUACCCUCAAAUUUAUAAAUCUCUAAGUAAUGAUGUUAAAAAGUACUACUUGCAUGUAUCCUAAUGUAUAUUAUACUUUAGAAAGCUAAGUGAAAGAAAUAAAUCAGAUGAUCAAGCUCAUGACUUCGCUUGUGUGGCCAAAAGUUUGGCUGGUCAAGAAUCUCAUUCAUUAGCAGCAGUAUUUUUACUAGGAAAAGCCAGAUGUGAGUUUAGUGCUAAAAAUGUCACAGCUGAAGCAUCCACCUUAUUCACUGCAGCGAAGUAUUUCAUCCAAGCUGAUGAUAAAUACACCUCAAUGAAUGCUGUGAAUUAUGAAGAUAAUUUAGACUGUGCUAUUCUAUGUCUUUUAAGAGCAGCAAGGAUUUAUGAAUUGAAUGAAUUAUUCACAUUAGCAACAAAUGUCUACAUCUAUUUAGUGGAUUUACUAAUGAGAUUAUGCAAGUAUAAUCAAGCUAUUCCUUAUUUAAAACGUGCAAUGGAGAUUGUAUCAAAGGAUAUAUUAUUGAGUUUAGAAUUAUAUAAACGUCUGAGUCAUUGUCAAUUGUGUAUACAUGAUUGGCCUGGUGCCUUGAGUACAUUCAUAAGAAUACAAUGUUUACUGAAAGAAGAGUUUACUGUUCAUUCAUUUGAUCUUUAUGUACAGUAUUGGAGUUAUGCUGAAAUUUUUCGUGUAUUACUAAUUCUUCUGUGUAUGCCACCGUAUAAAUUGUGCAGCCAUGAUACUUCUGGUUAUUCACUGAAACAAUACACUUUGGAUAUCGAUUGUCAAGAGACUGAAGAUGAGGUGGUAACAACAGAACAGCUACUACAACCACCACCACCUAUGAAAUCAGCUUAUAUCGAUGAGGAACUAUUCAUCUUAUUGCAGUCGUUUGUGUUAGCACAUCGAAUCAAAGAUAUUGUUGAAUUGGAGAAACUUUCAGUGAUGUUACAAUCAUUUUUGAAUUUAGAACAACGUGAAUUAGUCAGCCUUAUUAUUCGUCAACUGGUAGUAGUCGAUAUAUCAUAAGAAGAAAAAAAAAGAAUUUAUUCCCUUUUGAACACUGUGAUAGAUAUCAUUAAUUUGUUGGAAAAAAAUGUGUGUAUGUGUUAUCAAUCUAUCAAGUAUUUGUAAAUUAUUUAUUUAUUUAUUUAACACUUUUCAUAUUUUUUAAAAGAAUGGUUAUUGAACACAGACUAUUCCCAUUUUCGAUAACCUGCUCCUCAUUAGGUGGUUCUACAUUUAUGUAUACGUAAUAGUGAGUGAGUGAAUGAAUGAAUUAGUUUUUCAAAUAUUAGUUUGUAGGGAUUUUGAUUGAUUGGCGACAGGAUUUCUACAUGAGCUGACAUCGGUUAAAGAACCAUUGGAAAACCACCAGGGUGUACUGGACAGCUAGAUG